AUGAGGGUUAAAGUGAAUAUCAAGGGUAAGGGGGAAAAGGUUAUAUCGCUAAAAGAUGAUAUCGGGAUCAAACAGCUUGUUGAAAAAGUGAAUGAGUCGUUUGGUCAGCAAACUACCCUAAAAUCGUUCAGGUUCGGAUAUCCCCCACGGCAUAUAAACCUAGACAGCGAGACGAUAGUCAGUCAGACGUUACAGGAUAUUGGAAUUUCAUCGGGGGAGAAAAUAAGCUUCGAACUGGCGGAGAAGGUACAAACUUCACAAGGCUCUACGGGAGAAGCCCGGCAACUCAAAGAAAACCAGAUAUCCCUCGCUGAUGUGUGGCCUGGCCAUAUCGGACAAAUACACGCUGUCCCCGACGACAAUUCGUGUCUUUUCCAUGCACUUUCUUAUUGCGUGAGCCAUGAGAUCGAGACUUCUCAACAGCUGAGAGAAAUCGUCGCUAGAGAACUGUCACAAAAUAAAGAGGAGUUUUCAGACGCAAUUUUGGGCCGUCCAAAUGAUGAAUACGUCAAGUGGAUCUUGAAAAAUAGCAGUUGGGGAGGUGGAAUCGAAAUUGCGAUAAUAUCCAAAAUCAGUUCCAUAGGAAUUUAUGUCUUAGAUGUGGAUGCGUGCGAAUUCGAGAAAUUCAAUGAGGAUCAAUAUGAACGUUUUAUGAUCGUAGUGUUCAACGGGGUUCAUUACGAUGCAUUUGAGGUCCUUGAUUUAUUGGGCAGAGAUUCGAUAACUGUGUUUGACAAGACAGAUCCAAAAAUUUUAGCAAUGAUCAAAAAGCUACAGAGAGUGACUAGAGUUAUGAAAAACUCCGGAUAUUCCUUCAAUACACGCCGUGAUCGAAUUAAAUGCAAUGUUUGCAAAUCAGUCAUGAUCGGAGAGCGAGAAGUAGCUCGCCAUGCCGAAAGUACAGGUCAUGUAGAUUUCGGCCAAGACCACGCAUCAUGA